AUGAGAAUGAUGCAAGCGCGCUCCGCUGCACACACGGAAGAUUUUGAGAAUUUGCGCGCGAAUUUGAAAAGCUUUUUUUUCGGAAAAAUUCGUCAUUUUCCGCCUCGAUUUAUAUUGCGAAAUAUUACACCCCGGCAGCCGGGGAAAAGGGGGCGGAGCCUAAAUUUAUUUUUCAGAAUUUUAGCUGUUUUUUGGAUUUUUGAAGAAAAUUCUUUAAAAAUGGUAUUUGGAUAUUUUUCAACUACAGUAUGCCCACCGGCACUGAUUUUCAUGGGGCAGCAUCAGGAGGAGAAUGAGAGAUUGCUGAAAGAAGGACUUCCAGACGACGUCUGGUUCCACGUCGACAAGGUGCCUUCGGCACAUGUCUAUCUUCAAAUGCCUCGUGGCAUUACAAUAGACACAAUUCCAGAAGAAUUGCUCGACGACUGCUGUCAACUGGUGAAAGCCAAUUCGAAAAUUGGGAAAAAAAUGGACAAAGCUACAGUAGUCUACACGAAAAGGGAGAAUUUGAAAAAGACGAAAAUGAUGGAUUCGGGAGAGGCGAGGAAAUCUGAAAUUCGAAAAAUCCGAAAAAAAUGA